UUUCCGCAGCCAUAGAUCUAUAUGAUCCGUGUUGUAUUAUUUUAAUUUUGUUGACCUGACAGUAAAAAAUGCAAUACAUAUUUAAGAAAUUUUUACAUCACCAAAAAUAAUGUUUUGGACUUCGAUUUGUGUCAUACUAAUGAUUGCAUACGUUAUAAAUAGAAAACCAAAUGUUCAAGCUAAGGAAUACACAAAAUACAACUUGACAAAUUCAGACCCUAAUUGGAACAAAUGGACCGAUUGCAAGGGCUCGUGUGGUGAAACAGGCUAUAUGUCUCGAUACCGCAGUACUACGUCAAACGAUGUUCUUUGCGAGUUUAAUCACGAGUGGAAAACUUGCCACGUUUUAGGAUGUACAAUAAACAAUUACACUAAAGCCAUUGAAGGAAAUGAACUCAGAACACGAGAGUUAAAUUACAUUCUGCAAAGAGCGAUAAACACAAAUCAGAUUGUUUUGAAUGCGUGUUUCUCGGGCUAUUGUAAUUAUUACGCCUUGAAAAACGCGUUUAUGAGUAACACUGAUCGAUUAUGGAACGCAUUGUUAUGUGUUAUAUACAACUUGGGCUGUCCCGUCAAGGGAGGCUGGAGUAAAUGGAGUUCUUGGUCGAAGUGUACCGCGACGUGUGGUUCUGGAAUACAAUACCGAUUACGAUGUUGUGAUCAUCCUAGUCCUUCAAGAACGUCUCUUAACUGUUCCGGAAACUAUAUAGAAUUUAAAAAUUGUUUUGGGAAAUCGUGUACAGCUAAAACGAAUGGAACUUGGUGUAAGUGGAUGAAAUGGUCAGAAUGUAGCGUUCAGAAAGGCAAUGGCAUAAUCAUUCGGAAACGUUUUUGUCGGUCCUCUAACGACAAUAAGAAUAGUUUCUACGUGUCGUGUUCAGGACCGCAUACAGAAAUCGGCCAAUGCUAUGCACCUGGAGUCGAUGGAGGCUGGUCUGAAUGGCAAAAAUGGAGCCCCUGCUCGGCUACAUGCGAUGGAGGAAUUCGGUAUAGAUUACGGAGUUGUAGCCGACCAGAACCAGAAGACUCUGGACGACAUUGCGUGGGAGAAACUGUACAAACCAAUAAAUGUUACAUCGAACCCUGCAAAGGACCCCCAAUUAUGGUGGCCACAUUUGAUAAACAGUCUUACAUUAAAUACGCUGCUAUGGAAAUAAGUAUGACUCUGCUACACGUCGUUGUACACUUUUAUCCUUUCGACAUGUCCGGUACCAUACUUCGACGGUUUGACAACGAUGAUUGUGAUGGUUAUUGCAAUAGCAUUCAACUGAAUUUAAUCGAUUUUCAUUUAAUUUUAACGGUCAACUUAGACGGAUGCAAUAUAACAUUACAAAGCCCUUCUACAGUAAACUUUGGAUGGAAUGAAGUUUCCUUUUCAAUCACCGAAAAUAGAGUAGCACUACAAUUAAAUAACCACCAAACUUCAAAAUUUAUAAAAUGUAUGAUUUUUACUGUGAAUCUGGAUCAAGUGACGAUUAUCGGAGAAGAUUUCGAAGGUCAUAUAAAAAAGUUUGAUGUUAACUUUAUUCCUUAUGCAUUAACCAUAAACGACAAAUUUUCAGAUACCAUGUAUUUACCUUAUACGACUUUUAACACAGUCUUCGAACUAUCAGAAGAGCAAUCGUAUUCAGAUUUAUUAAAUACAAUUAAGAUCCCUUGCCCGCAACCGAGUAAUAAUUGGAAGCUGGAAUUGUACUUGAGGUUUGAAAUUUUAGCCCACGGAAAUUUGAUUUCAAUUCGAAGCAAUACGACGGACUACAUGUCAGUAGAAAUUAAUAACGACGUAUUCAAACUUAAGAUAAAAUUAGAUGAAUACUUUAACGAAGUUUCAAUAAAAUUUGAAUAUAUUGAUUCGUCAUGGAUUCACCUGGAAAUCGAACAUCAUGAUAAUAGUUGGUGUUUGAGUGUAAAUGACAUAAAGCGUUCAUUGAUAAUGCCCGACGACGUGCUUAUUGAACUGUGCGAAAAUCAUUUGUAUAUUGGUAACUUUCAGGAAAAUCAAAAUUCGACACAACUCCAAGGAAUCAUUGGAUAUUUAAAAGUGAAUGAUGAUAUUUUAAAUCCUAGUGACUUUAUAAUUAGUUCCAAAAACGAAUACAUUGCCUUGUCACGGAACUUAUCAGAUUUAUCGUAUAAUGAAGUAUCAAUGACAAUUGAAAAUGAUGUUGUUGAAUUAAACUGUAUUUUCAUUGAUGAACUUAUGAAUGAAGAUUUAGACAUUGUAUGGUUAAAGUCUAAUCAGCUGGGUUUACAUCGAAUUGAUUGUAAUAUGUAAAUAUAAAUUAAAUCUACUAUUAAUCUAUUAUUUAGUAUAGUACCAGGGACACUAACCAUUCUGAA